AUGACCAUUGAAAAAAUGUUUUCUUUUUAUUUUUUAGAUUAUUUCUCUUUAUUCAGAAGCAUAAAGUUGUUUGCUGAUUGCAAGAAGAUGUUUCUUUGGCUCUUUCUGAUUUUGUCAGCCCCGGUUCCUUCGACCAACGCAGAUGCUGACCUAUCGGUGGAAAUUUGCAGUGUGUGCUCCUGUGUGUCAGUGGAGAAUGUGCUGUAUGUCAACUGUGAGAAGCUUUCAGUCUACAGACCAAAUCAGCUGAAACCACCCUGGUCUAAUUUCUAUCACCUCAAUUUCCAAACCAAUUUUUUAAAUAUCCUCUAUCCAAAUACGUUCUUGAAUUUUUCACACGCAGUAUCCUUGCAGCUGGGAAAUAAUAAACUGCAGAACAUCGAGGGAGGAGCCUUUCUCGGGCUCAGUGCAUUAAAGCAGUUACACUUAAACAAUAAUGAAUUAAAGAUUCUCCGGGCUGACACUUUCCUUGGCAUAGAGAACUUGGAGUAUCUCCAGGCUGACUACAAUUUAAUCAAGUAUAUUGAACGCGGAGCCUUCAAUAAGCUCCACAAACUGAAAGUUCUCAUUCUUAAUGACAAUCUGAUUUCAUUCCUUCCUGAUAAUAUUUUCCGCUUUGCAUCUUUGACCCAUCUGGAUAUCCGAGGGAACCGGAUUCAGAAGCUCCCCUACAUCGGAGUGUUGGAGCACAUCGGCCGUGUUGUCGAAUUGCAACUGGAAGAUAACCCUUGGAACUGUAGCUGUGAUUUGUUGCCUUUAAAAGCGUGGCUGGAGAAUAUGCCAUAUAACAUUUACAUAGGGGAAGCGAUCUGCGAAACUCCCAGUGACUUAUAUGGAAGGCUUUUAAAAGAAACCAACAAACAAGAAUUAUGCUCCAUGGGUACAGGCAGUGAUUUUGACGUCCGCAUCCUGCCCCCAUCACAGCUAGAAAACGGCUACACCACCCCCAAUGGGCACACAACCCAAACAUCCCUACACCGAUUAGUGACCAAGCCACCGAAAACGACAAAUCCUUCGAAGAUCUCCGGAAUUGUGGCCGGCAAAGCCCUCUCCAACCGCAACCUCAGUCAGAUCGUAUCUUACCAAACAAGGGUGCCCCCGCUUACACCUUGUCCGGCACCUUGCUUUUGCAAAACCCAUCCUUCAGAUUUGGGACUGAGCGUCAACUGCCAAGAGAAGAAUAUACAGUCCAUGUCUGAACUGAUACCGAAACCUCUGAAUGCCAAGAAGUUGCACGUCAAUGGCAAUGGCAUCAAAGAUGUGGAUGUCUCUGAUCUCGCUGAGUUUGAAGGACUGGAUCUGCUCCAUUUAGGAAGCAAUCAGAUCACAGUGAUCAAGGGAGACGUCUUCCACAAUCUCACGAAUUUGCGCCGGCUGUAUCUCAACGGCAAUCAGAUAGAAAGACUCUAUCCCGAAAUCUUUUCAGGACUUCACAACCUGCAGUACCUGUAUUUGGAAUACAAUUUGAUUAAGGAAAUCUUAGCAGGCACCUUUGACUCCAUGCCCAAUUUGCAGUUACUGUACUUAAACAAUAACCUCUUAAAGAGCCUGCCUGUUUACAUCUUUUCUGGAGUCUCCCUUGCUAGACUGAACCUGAGAAACAACAAAUUUAUGUACCUACCUGUCAGCGGGGUACUCGAUCAGCUGCAGGCCCUCACCCAGAUUGACUUGGAGGGCAACCCGUGGGACUGCACCUGUGACCUGGUGGCAUUAAAGUUGUGGCUGGAGAAGCUGAACGAUGGCAUCGUUGUGAAAGAGCUGAAAUGUGAGACGCCUGUGCAGUUUGCCAACAUUGAGCUGAAAUCCCUCAAAAAUGAAAUCUUGUGUCCCAAACUCUUAAACAAGCCAUCCGCACCAUUCACGAGCCCUGCACCCGCCAUUGCACUCACCACGCCAUUGGGUCCUAUUCGGAGUCCCCCGGGGGGCCCGGUGCCGCUGUCUAUCUUAAUCUUAAGUAUCUUAGUGGUCCUCAUUUUAACUGUAUUUGUUGCUUUCUGCCUCCUUGUUUUUGUGCUACGGCGCAACAAGAAACCCACGGUGAAGCAUGAAGGCCUGGGCAACCCUGAGUGUGGCUCCAUGCAGCUGCAGCUGAGGAAACACGACCACAAAACCAACAAAAAAGAUGGGCUGAGCACAGAAGCUUUCAUUCCACAAACCAUAGAGCAGAUGAGCAAGAGCCACACCUGUGGUCUGAAGGAGUCCGAAACGGGCUUCAUGUUUUCUGAUCCGCCAGGACAGAAAGUCAUCAUGAGAAAUGUUGCUGAGAAGGAGAAGGAUUUAUUACACGUAGAUACCAGAAAGAGACUGAGCACCAUCGAUGAGCUGGAUGAAUUAUUCCCUAGCCGGGAUUCCAAUGUGUUUAUCCAGAAUUUUCUGGAAAGCAAAAAGGAGUACAAUAGCAUAGGUGUCAGUGGUUUUGAAAUCCGCUAUCCUGAAAAACAGCAAGAUAAAAAAAACAAGAAGUCACUAAUAGGCGGCAACCACAGUAAAAUUGUUGUGGAGCAGAGGAAGAGCGAGUAUGUUGAAUUGAAAGCAAAACUUCAGAGUUCCCCCGACUACCUACAGGUCCUGGAGGAGCAAACAGCUUUGAACAAGAUCUAGGUCAUGCAGUCUUAAUUCAUACAGAGGACAUUUAUUUCAUGAUGAAAGUGCCUUUUGUUGACUUCUCACUUCCAAAUACUAUAUUAUCAAUAGGCAUAGAGGCAGGUGUUUCCAAGGGGUGUCUCAUUAACUGUAGCUGCAGAGAUGUAUCCAGUCAAAGAGAAUUUCCUUACUAGAUUUUACUACAUCAAACCUAUACUGUGGAGUCCUGUGGGGAUACUGCAAACUCUAUUGCCAAAGGGAUGCUUUAUACACAUCAUACACUGAAUUUAACCUCAAGAGGCAAACCUGUUUUGUACCCCAAUGCAAAACCGUCGUCUCUUUGUGCUUUGGAAAGCAAAUUCAAGAAAACUGGUACCAGUAGUUUGUACCUCAGCUGGGUCCUUCAUCUUGCACGUAGAUUAGGUUGGUGGAACUGGAAGAAUUCUUUUGAUUUGUGGCAUUGUAACAACUCUGUGUAAAGAUAAUCUGAAAAGU